GUAAGCAGGCAUAUACACAGUAGAAGUGAAAUGUUAGUUGGCUUGCUUUUGUAGCCAUUUCAUUUUCUUUUACCUUGGAUUAUAGACACAGCAGUUAGUAAGGGAGCAGUCAUGGAGAGGAGGGCCCCAAACUACUCCAAAUGGGCGGAAAGGCGAUCCACUGUGGUUUAUGCAAUGCGCUCUGCCACAUUCGGCUCGUGGAGGAUGCUGACUUUGGGCGCGGAAUACAGCUCAUGGGCCCAGUCUCCCGAAAGCCUUCGUCAACGACAGGCAGUGAUAAGCGAGAACGCUGAAGAAAUGGACAGCAUCGACAUUGACCCGUCAUGGAGAGAGCAGCAGAUGGACGUUCCUCAACAGUAUGAUGCCAUCCUGCACCUUGACGAGAGAGCAGCUUCAGGAGGGAGUCGUGGUAAUCAUAACAUCAUUCGUACACACGAAGCCCUCAAUAGCACGCCAUGGUCCAAGUCUAACAGAAUGGCUCGCUUCGCAGAAGGUCUACCCACCCGCUAUGGAGCUGGAGCAGGUGGAGGAGGCAGAGGUGCGCCCGGCGCAGGCAGAGGGGGCGCCCGGGCUGGUGGACCUCCAGGCGGCCAAAGGAUGUACAAGCAGUCGAUGGCUCAGAGAGCCAGGACAAUGGCCAUAUACAACCCUAACCCGGUCAAACAGAACUGCUUCACUGUCAACCGAUCCUUGUUCAUCUUUCGAGAGGACAAUCUCAUUAGGAAGUAUGCUAAGCGAAUAACCGAAUGGCCAUAUCCUUUCCUACCCAAAACCAGGGUACACAUUGGUAUUUGUAUAACGUACAUAUCCUCAUUUGACAAACACGCAUUGGUAGAUUUUGAUUAAGAAACAUGACACAGGGA